AUGACAAGAUUUCAAUCCAAAUAUAUACAAUUAAUUAAAAAUUAUAUUAAAUCAAGUAACGGAAUUAAAAGAGGUUCUACUGUCUUUCAAGGCACUCUAUACGAAUACACAGUCAUGAAUGAAGUAUCUCAAUUAUUUGACAACAAGAUAUCAGAUUUGCUGAAAAUAGGUGGUUCGUAUGAUCACGGUAUUGACAUCGUUGGGAAAUACCUGCAAAAAAAUACUUUAUUAAUUCAAUGCAAAUGUUUUCAAAAACAAAAGCUUACGGGUAAAGAAAUUAGAGAAUUCAUGGGUGCGGUAUCAAUGUUUAAAGAAUUAAAUAGUAUUAAGAAUAACGAUAACCAACAAGUCUUAUCCUUGAUUGCCUCUCCAAACUUAAUUACAAAAGAUGGUAUUUUAGUAAUGAACAAACUGCCUAUUCCCAUGGUUUAUCUACAGAUAUCCAAGCUGAAGGUAGACACGUUUGCCACACAGGGGAUUAAACCAAUGACGGGUAAAAUAAUAGCCAUGUACGAGAACGAUUGCAGUCUUAAAACUUACAAAAUUUCAGCCCUACACAAAAUGCCCUAG